UCACGAGUCACAGCUGGUCACUGCUCUCUGCGGGUCGCCAUUUUGUGCUUGGAAAUUUCGAAAUGUCGUACGAAUUCAUCGAGUCAACGAAAGGCAAGCCCCUUCUCGUCGUUAGCGGGUAUCUCUACCGAAGAGAUCGUAAGAAGUGGCGAUGUCUUUCGAAAGACUGCAAUGCGCGCAUCGAAAUCGUCGAUGAUAAGCUCGGGGUCGUCCCGGUCCAUGAACACUCUCCCGACAAUCUAGACGUGACAGUUCGGAGAAAGCUAAACGAACUCGAAAGAACAGCUCGAGCCGCCCCCAGCGAAUACAAGACUUCGUUGCUUGUCGAUUCCUUGGUCGGUACGUUGAGAUCAGAGGCAGUCAUUGGCCGUCUACCGAACCUUCAUCUGCUGCGAAAAAAAGUGGACUACGCACGGAAGAAGACCGAGCAGAAUCUAGGAAAUCCCGGGAGGACUCGAACCGACCUCAGAAUAUCAGACUCUGAUAAGAUGACUUUGAAGGACGAUUUGUUUUUGCACUUCGACUCCGGAGAAGAAGAUCCAGACAGGAUAAUCGUCUUUGCAACCAGUCAAAAUUUAUCGCUCCUUCGCGAGUGUCCUGAAUAG